AACGAUCGGGAUACUUUCGCCAGACGGCGCCGAGCAACUAUAGUAAUUUCAGGACCUGCGCCGCGGCUUACGUUACUUAGAGAUUGCUUGAAAACUCCGGUUCCAUCGAAAAAACAGCAUGAAUCAACUAUAAGUGAAUGAGAUGACGUGUUGGGUGGAUAGACGGAGGGCCAAUGGGAAUGGUGUUUGUUGGCUGGUGCGUUGCUACGGCCGGAGCUCCCGGAGUGAGUUGGAACUGAGUGACGGAGCCGGGAGCGGGAGACGGGAGCUGCCGCCAACACCAUAGCAACGGCGCCCAAAGAUGUCCUAUUACAGUGUGAGUGUCUUUGAAGAUGAAAAUAUUAACCUCCGACAGCAGAAGCUGGAGAAACAGCGUGCAUUGCUGGAACAGAAGCAGAGGAAGAAACGGCAGGACCUUCUCAUGGUUCAGCCUAACCUUGAAGCCAAGCCAAGGAGAUUGAAGCCAAAGCGUUGUGAGGAACAAUCACCAUUAGUAGAAUCCCAUAACAACAUCACCAGCCACAGAAUACCAGAUGCAGAAGGAGACAGAAAGAAAUCUGAAGUGGCACUUCCUUCUGAGAAGUCUUUGCGCCCCGACAGAAUGAAAAACUUGCAAGAAGGUAACAAAUUGGACCGAGAUAUCGAAAAGGACAAAGGCGAACCAGGUAUUGAUGGGCCAGGAUCCUUAAUAAGCAAUGAAGUACAAGAUGUUAGCAACAGAAUCCAGAUCCUUUCUGUUGGUGAAUCAAUGUCAGCCAGUGAUGAUGUUGAAGCAAUCUUGGACUUGCCAGCAAAACCAGAAAUCCAAGAAAUAAUGGAACAAAGAGGAAUCUCUGGAAGUAUGAACUUCGAAGAAGAUGAUCAAGAGGAGAAUGAUAAUACUUCAGGCUCUCGGAGUUAUGAAAAUGUCAGGCCCUCGUCUGCUACCAACAAACAAUCAAUCAAGGAACCAGCAACUGCCUCACUCCCUUCUCCUGGAUCUGGGUUAAACUUGGAUAUAGACAACUUGGAGGAAUUUGCACUGAGACCUGCUCCUCGGGGAAUAACUAUCCAAUGCAGAAUCACCCGGGACAAGAAAGGAAUGGACCGUGGUCUAUAUCCAACUUACUUCAUGCAUCUUGAGCGGGAUGAUGGCAAGAAAUUGUUUUUAUUAGCUGGAAGAAAAAGGAAAAAAAGCAAAACUUCCAAUUAUCUAAUUUCUGUUGAUGCAACAGACUUAUCUCGAGAAGCUGAAAGCUACAUAGGGAAAUUAAGGUCAAAUUUAAUGGGAACUAAGUUUACAAUCUAUGAUAAUGGAGUAAAUCCUGCAAAAGCAGUUGGAUUACUUGAUGAAGCCAAUACCAGGCAAGAAUUAGCUGCAAUUUGCUAUGAGACCAAUGUCCUUGGGUUUAAAGGGCCAAGGAAAAUGACUGUUAUCAUUCCAGGGAUGAGCAUGAGUCACGAACGAGUUCCCAUCAAACCUCGCAAUGAGCACGAAACUUUGCUGUUAAUGUGGCAGAACAGAAAUAUGGAAAACCUAAUUGAGCUGCAUAACAAGGUGCCUGUUUGGAAUGAUGAUACUCAGUCUUAUGUGCUAAAUUUCCAUGGAAGAGUUACACAAGCAUCAGUCAAGAACUUUCAGAUUGUUCAUGAUAAUGAUCCUGACUACAUUGUGAUGCAGUUUGGACGAGUGGCAGAAGAUGUUUUUACAAUGGACUACAAUUAUCCAAUGUGUGCACUACAGGCCUUUGCCAUAGGAUUGUCCAGUUUUGAUAGUAAAUUAGCAUGUGAAUGAGGACAUCAGUGGAUGCAGGUCUCCACUUUUUAAAGAAGGAAACGAAGGGACACGUCUAUGAAGUACCCCCCACAAAGAGCUGUGGUUUUGUUGUAAUCAUGCAAAUAGAUUUGCUAUGGAAUUGAUUUAAAUCAAAAAUAGAAACAAAAAAAAGCAAAAUAAAAAUUCUCCAUAUGGCAGAAAUAGAUUCCCAAGUGGCCUAACAAUCAUGGCAAGUUGAUUAUGCUUUUAAUGGACUAUAUUUUACGUUGUACUUGAAUAAGAUAUUUUGCCAAAUUGUGUGGAUCGAAAGAUCAUUGUUCACAUUUUCCCACAGAAACAAAAUGGGAGCUAUCUAAAACUAGGAUCCAAUUUGGUUUUAGGUGGAACAGAAGGCACUUCCCUAAAUUAUGAUUUUUGGAACUAUUAUUUUGAUACACAUGGCCUUGUUUAUUCUCUUUUGUAAUCCUCCUUUAUCAAAGGCAGUGUUAUAUUGCUAGUGCUCAGUUCCAAAGACUGCAGUUCUCCAUGUACCUUAUUCAAUUAGUUAUUCCCCAAGUUGCCCCUAGAGAGUGAAUGUUGGUAAAUUGAGCCAUCUAUUCAUCCAUCUAUAGGAAAACACUUUCCAGCAAGAGAUGUCAGAUGAUUAACAGGAUGAAGAGUCCUGGUCGAACAUCAUGGACCAUCCCAUUGGUGCAAUACCUGAGCAUGCCAGGGUUUUUCCUUUCUUGCAGCUCUGCAAAGCACCUUGAGAUUUUUUCACAUAUGGAAGUUGUUGUGGCACAGUAUGUGGUACAUUUUGGCAUAAUACUUGCUAUGCGGGAUUCAAAAAGAGACGUCUGAUUACCAGUUCUGUUCCCAUGUUGUAGUUUGAAUGAAUUAUUUAGAGAUGUUACCCAAUUAAAUAUUCAGACAACACAUGUAGGAAAAUAAAGGUGACUUUGAUUCAUUUGUAGGUCAUAGGGCUUUUUUUGUUACGUACUAUCAGCUUAAAAAAAUUAUAGAAACUGGGGGCAAAAAAUCUAAUGUGUUUCAACACAGAAUGUCCUUAAUCAUGUGACAUUACUUAACUGCCAUUGUGCUUGUUCUAUAUAGAGCUCCUCAAAGUAUUCCUGCCUUGAAACACAUUCCUGCCAGUGGCCUUUUGUGAUAAAUUCAAGCUUAAGUGUUUGUGACAUUAUGUACUCCAACCUGUGCAUUAUCUUCUGUAUUCUUCAAUGUGAAUGUUGUCCCUAUGAUUUGCAGAACCUACUUUUUUCACCUGUGACAAGCUCAAAUGUGUUUGUGUGAUAUAUCCUUAAGCCUAUGUCUGAUCUUACCAUGACAGUUUAUGUUGCAUUUGUUUCAUGUACUGCAGCCUGUGUUGUAUUUAUCUGUUACAUGCUUCAGUUUGUACAUUGUCCCUAUAUAACUCAUUCUAAUAAGUAUAAUCGUUAUUUAUAUAACAGGAUUUUGCCACAAAGUGAAUAAAGUUCACUACAUCUUAAAUGCAGGGUUUUAUUUUUUUUAAAUCCUGGUCACUUUUAUAAACAUUUAAGCUUUGAAUUUUAGUCAUUUUGCUGCAGCUAAUAUUUGGCUAAACUUAUUCUGCCACAAUGAUGGAUAACUUUUAUUGCCUUUAUGAUGUCUACGCCACAUCCAUACUUGCACACCUCAAUAUGCCAUUGUGAUUUUGGUUUAUAUUGAUUUGUAUCUGUAUUAUGAAGCCAUUGUGUGAUAUUCCAGUGUAAAUUGACUGUGGCAAAUGUUUUAUAAAUUAAGCAAGUAUAAAUGAAAA